GCAGAGGCAGAAAUGCUUUGCUUCCAUUCACAGAAACACUGGUAUGCCUGCCCGCUAUUUCAUUCACAUAAAAGACAAAAUUUCGCAUGUGGGUUUUUUUUAGCCCUCAGCUUCCUUUUUCUUUUUCUCUGUCGCCUCUUCUUGUGAUUUACGAGGACCUGCCUCAUCAUCUCUGCCUUUAUGUUUGCCUUUGUUUCUAAGGAAAAAAGGCAGACAUGCUUUUUUUUCUUUUCUCUUGCCAGGCAGGAAAGUGAGAUAUUGGGAAAGACUGCAGUGCGAAAUCAGCAGCAGAGCAGAAGUUGCUUAUGAAUGACAGUAUUUCAGCUUUGCUAGAUAUUCCUGAGGACAUUUUAUACAGAUGCAUGCUUUCUGCUGACUGGGGGAGAUGGUGAUGCUGCGCUGCAGCUGCUCUUAAGGGCGUUCUUGUCGUAUCAUUUUGGUGUCUCUGUUUUAUGUCUUCUAUUUGUUUCUUUCAUUCAUUUUAUUCAGCCAGAAUCAGUUGCCGGGUAUUUUUCUAAAUCUGUGAUUUCUAGAAGUGAAACAAAUUUCUUUGUAAGUUUUGUUUGUUUUCUUUGCAGAUAUUUGAAAACUUAGGCCACAAUUAAGUAAAAUGAUUAUUAGUUUUUCAUUUUGAAAAGUUAGCCAAAUCAUUUUUUUACUCAGUUUGAAUAUAAAUAUGAUAGAGAGACAGUAAAUGCAAUAGCUGUGGAUUCUUUCUUGUUUUGAUGUCUGCUUACGUUGCGCCACUGUUUUAAAAUAACAUGGGCGACAUAUUAGGAGAUAUUUCCAGUCAAUCCAGCCUGUUACUGCAUUUUUCUUUUUCAUUACUUAUUUGUUUAUUUAAAAGUAUUUUUCAAGAUUUUAUUGAAAGUUGUAAUUGUUUCUGAUUUGUUGGUGGUGUUAUAUCCUUACAUAAUGUUUUUUCUGACUGAAUUGCUGCUGUUUUAAGAUCUGAUUUAAUGCAGAUUCUAUUUUUUAUUAGUUUUUGCCAAAAUCAUUAAGCACCCCCAUUCUUAAUUUACUGCCCUUUGAGAAGCAAAUAAGGAAGCAAGGAGUUACAGUGAAUAAAUAUCAGUCUAGAGAAUUUCAAAACUGAUUUGUUCUAGUGUGCUGUUUGUGGGAGUUUUUUUUUCCCUCUCCCUCCAACAGGAAGUGAUUUGCAGUGUUCAGCAAGCCUUUUGUUGAGAAGGUUUUCUCAGAUCAGUGAGUCAUGCUUCAGCUCUGAGCCGGCAGGCAAGCAGCAGCCAGCAGAGAGUAUUUGCUCUUUCCUUGCAGUGUCCGUGAUCAUCAGCAACAUACAUCUCUGCAGCAGCGUUGCAGCUUGAAAAACUGUACCACAAAACUGGCAGAGUUUUUAUCCUCGACUUGUUAUGCUACAGUGUUGUGUUUAACGGACUGGAUUUCUGCUUCUUUGGAUUUUAUUGAGAAACGACUGGACUUUGGCGACAGCAGCAGCCACACCAGCUUUGCACACUAAACAGCCACUGUAUCCUCAACACAGGGGAAAAAAUACAGCCAGGUGGCCUGUAAUUGCUGAGAGGCGUUUGCUGCCUGUGCUGCUGCUGCUAUGUUACAGGACAGGGUUAUCAGCGCGGUUCAGCCACGUCUGCCUGCACGCUUGUGAAGGAGGCAGGCUGUGUGUGUGUUGGUUGGUUGGUGGAGAGAAGAGGAGCGAGCUAGAGAGAGAAGGGUAUGCUUCACCGUACUAAGUACAACCGUUUCAGGAAUGAGUCAGUAACAUCCGUCGAUGAGCUUUUCCACGGCCUGUCCAUGAACCCCAAGGUCUCGGCCUCCUCCCAGUCUGCAGCCGAGACAUCCUACACACCCCCAACCGAGGUCCAGCCCUCCACCGCUGCUGCUCCUUCCAGCACCACAACAAGCCACGGCUCAGAGCCCCCAGAGGAUGGAGGCACCACCCUCUGCACCCUCAUCAACAAGGUCUCCGGCCUGAAAUUCACCAACUCAGGCAGCCUGCUCGGCAUCAAGGGUCUACCCUCAGCCGUCAAGGACCUGGCCGUGUCCAAGCUGCAGGGGGGUGGGGGUGCGGGCUCUAGCCCCAGCAGCGUGGCGGCAGCAACAGCCGUCUCUGGUGUGGGAGGGUCUCAGUGCAGCUCCCAUUCGACCCCCUGCACACAGCUGGAGACAGCUGUCAGCAUGAGCAAGAAGAGCAGACUGGAUGAUCUCCAGCCUAGAGGAGAUGAUUGGAAUCCAGGUGGGGGUGGUGGACUGGUCAGCAAACCCUCCAGAGGAUGGCUGCACUCGAAUGAAAAGAUAUCUGGUCCAGGCGUCACAUACGUUGUGAAGUAUCUGGGCUGCAUAGAAGUCCUGCGGUCAAUGAGAUCCCUGGAUUUCACCACAAGGUCACAAAUAACAAGGGAAGCCAUCAGCCUGGUGUUUGAAGCUGUUCCUGGGACCAAAGGAGCGCUGCGGAAAAGAAAGCCACCAUCCAAAGCUCUGUCCAGUAUUUUGGGAAAAAGUAAUCUCCAAUUUGCUGGCAUGUCCAUCAACCUGAAUAUCUCCACCAGUAGCCUCAACCUGAUGACCCCCGACUGCAAGCAGAUCAUUGCCAACCAUCACAUGCAGUCUAUCUCCUUUGCAUCAGGUGGAGACCCUGACACAACAGAUUACGUUGCCUAUGUAGCAAAGGACCCAGUCAACCGCAGAGCAUGUCACAUCCUCGAGUGCUCGGACGGGCUCGCUCAGGAUGUUAUCAGCACCAUCGGCCAGGCGUUUGACCUUCGAUUCCAGCAAUACCUGCAGUGUCCCUCAAACAAGAUGUCCUCAGUCCAUGACAGGGUAUUAAACAUGGAGGAAUUGGCAUGGACAGAGGAAGAAGAGGAGACAACGGAACAUCCUUAUUAUAACAACAUCCCAGGCAAAAUGCCACCCCCUGGAGGGUUUAUUGACACUCGACUGACGACUCAGAAUGCGGCAUGUGAAGGAGGCCAGACGGGUCCGGGCUCGGUGGAACAGACAUACUAUCAGGGACGACAUUGUGAAAACUGGGCUGAUGAAAGGAAGGCCAUCUUCCUGCAGCAGGGAUCUUUUGAUAUCAGCAGUCUGCCAGAGACCAAAGGUCAGGCACCAAAAGCAGCAGAGAUGCCCAUGUAUGUGAACACCCAGCAGAUUGAUGCCCAGGUGUUUGCAGCUCUUCAAGCAGAAGCAGAAAAUGCCACAAAGGGAAUGGUAGAUGUAGGCAAAGAGAGCCUCCAGAAGGACCUAUUUGACAUGAAGCCCUUUGAGGAAGCCAUUCAGUCCCAGUCUCAGCCACUGCCCCAGGGGCAGUCCCAGACUCAAGUGUCCAACCUUCAGAAGGCAGCUUCUGUGGACAACUCGAGCCCCCUCCUUGUGCGAUCUUUGGCUUUUCGCGCGCAGGAAGAGCUGGAAGGCCAGACGUGGUUCCAUGGGAAGAUGAGUCGCCGUGAUGCUGAAAAACUACUUAAGAACGAUGGGGACUUUCUCGUCCGCACAAGCACUACCAACCCAGGAUCCUACGUUCUGACUGGCAUGCACAAUGGACUUGCCAAACACUUACUGCUUGUGGACCCUGAGGGCACGGUACGGACAAAAGAUCAUAUAUUUGACAGCAUUAGCCACCUUAUUGGACAUCACCGUGACAACAAUCUGCCAAUUGUCUCAGCUGGGAGUGAACUCUGUCUUCAUCAGCCCGUUGAAAGGAAAUUGUGAUGCUUGAAAUGCCUGAUGGGAAACAGAGAGCCUUUAAAUGCUCUCUCAUCCUGGAACUGGGAGGUGCCUAAAAAAAGGCUCAGAGUGCUCAAAACUGACCAGCUUUACUGGAGUCACUAGAGUACAAAAGAUUUGUUAAGGAUUAAGGAAAACUAUUUAUAGAAUUGCUAUUAUUUUGUUGUGAUGACUGAAAUGCUAUAUUUUUUGAGAAACAAAAUUGGUGCAUUUGGACUUAAUAUCUUGAUUUGGUGUUAAAAAAAAACAAUAAAAUGACAAAUUGUUCUUGUAGUUUAGAUGAAGUGCAAAUAAAACCUCAAAGAGGCAUGAAGAAUAUUUUAAGAUAAAAUUCUAAACCUUAAGUUUUGUCUGUCAAGCACAACCGUAUUUCUACUGAAAAUGUUGACUCAGUGGUUGAAGAAUCAGAAAGGCGCUUUCAAAUAAAUUCCAAUAGAAACAAAUGACCUAUAAAACUAACAAUUAGUGUGACAGCUUAAUUUAUUAGUCUCCAUAUGAAGGCUGCUUUUAUUGGAGAUUGGAAUGUGUUCUCACAGUGUCGGGAGCAGACGGACACCUUUUCAUACUGCCAUCAAUGGCUUUAGAGAUCAGCCUUUUUUUCUAAUUAUAAAGUAUUUCUUCAUGUCACUGCAGCCGCAUGACUUCAAAUGAACUGUUCUUGUGGCCGUGUUCGUAGACCUUGAUUCCCCUUUAUUUGAAAGGAGGUGCUUGUGUAUGCUGACACUGUAAAAUAAUUAUUUCUGCUUUUUCAACCAGUGGUUUGUUUUGAAUUGGUUUUCUCUGACUUCUUUUAGGUGUUUUGUCGGUGAUUAGUUUUGGUGCUUGAGUUAUACGGUUUAAUAUCCUCACGUUUUAAAUGAACACGCUCGGCUCUUUAAGCGGACUUUUAAAAAAGAAGUUUUAUAAUAGCACAAUUAGAGCUCUGUUUCAGCUGUGCUUGUAUGAAUGGCCAAGGUUUCAAGGUGUCAUUAAAGAAAAUGUUGCAAUCACAUCGUUAGAACAGAUUAUUCACCUGCAUUAAUUGAAAAUAUAAAUGUGUAACUUUUAGGUGUUGGUAUCUUUUAUCAUGAAUAGGCAUGGGCUGGUAGGAGUUACAACAUAACAUUGAUUAAAAAUACCAUGGAUUCACAGGAUUUACUCAAUACCAUAAAUAGAAUCCACUUACUAAUAGAACUUAUUUUAACUUCAAAACUUCUUGUAGAUCUUGAUCAAACAUUUGUCAAAGUUAAAUCUAUAUGUAGGCCUGGUUUGGAACUGUAUACUUACGUUUAGGCCAAGCAAAACUGCCUGGUCUAAAAGUGGUCUGAGCUUAAACUUAGAUUUUUUUUAAUCCACAAAAAUAAAUAAAAAAAAUGCCAAAAGCAUAAAUUGAAAUUAAAAGACAGCUUGAUUUGGUUCAAUAUCGAAUGAUUCUCAUCCUUUUUCAGUUGCAAUAUUAUGGUAAUAUGUCUUAAAGAUUCUCUGUUUUUUUAGCUGAAGAACUGAGUAGAGUGGUAAAACCAUAUACAUACUUGUACUUUAAUUACAGAUAGAAACAUCACUUGAUUACAUUGUAGCAGUACAGGGAGUGCAAUGACAAGACUUUUUCUUUUUAUCAUCAGAAAUUAAAGAAGAGCAAGCAUCCUACUUUCCAACCAGAACUGCUGCACUCUCCUACAGUGGCAGCGCCUCUGUGACUCAGUUGUUCAUAAAGUAGAGAUGAUGCUGUGCUGACAGAAUAUCGCAGAGGCAGAUGAUGAAUGCAGUCUAUUUUGGUCUGUGGAAAAAACAAAAUUAACUAGAAACAACAGUAAAAUCACAACUGGUAAAUGGGGAAAGUCCUAGGGUCUCAUUUAUAAACCAUUGCAGAGGAUCUAUACUAAAAGUGUACAGCCAAAAGGUAAAAAUGGCGUACGUCAAAGAAAAUCCAGACUUAUAAAACCAUGCGCAGGCAAACCAGCAAGCAAUUUCCCUUUUAUACAUCACAGAUGCUCCUCAACAUUUGCGUACAAGGUUCUGCCUCAUGUUCUGCCCUCUACAAGCCCAUUCAACAGUUUCACUGCGGCUGAAAUCAAGGUGUUGGUGGGUGAGGUGGAGUCAGAAGAAAAUUGCGUUUGGUAGUCACAGUAGUGGUGCAACAAAUAAAAGGAAGUGUAGUGAAUGUCACUACAGUCUUUAAAUGUUUGCAGCACUCACUGUGGUUGCCUCACAUCCUGUCAGUUCAUUUGUUAAUCUGUGGUACACAUCGCCCUGGUGAUCAUUGGGGAGAGGAAUGUGAGGGUGAGAAAACUUUGAUGAAAUGUGCAGACUUAGAUGUAAGUUGACCUCUUAUUUAUGUGAAAGGUCCUUAGUUAUGGCCCACCAGAACAAGCAUAAAUAACACUGUGAUUUAAAUGAGUAUCAUGACGUUGAUCUAUGGUUAAAGUCUGAUAUGGAGUGAAAUUUAAAAUGUCUGAGAGGAAUCAUGAUGCAGUGUGGUUUCAAUUCCCUACCUCUUCAUCUGCGUCACCAUCCCCUUCCAACGAAAUGAGCAUAUGCAUGGGUCAGAGUUUGCGUGAGGGACUGCACAUUCUCCAGUCAAGUUUGUUUUUAUGGAACACAACCUUUGCAUGAAAGGUGGUAUAAACCAGUUUCAGGCUUCAUGUUGUGCAUACGCCACGCUUAUAAAUGAGACCCCUGGACGUUUUGAAGUGUGUGGACAUGUAGCUCAUUCAGGAAAUACAUCGUGUUAGUAAUCUAAAUGCCCCAAUAUUUGGUAUAAACUCAUUCAACUGCUUUUUUAUGUUUGUCAGUUUUAGCUAACGCAGGUCUACAUUUAGAACCUUUAACACACCAAUAUCAAUUUUAGCCUAGAUAACGUUUAGAUGUGUUUCCAAAAUAAAAAGUUUCUUUGAAACUGAAAGCAGCACUUAUUCCAUCUGCUGCUAAAAUAAGCUUUGAUAAUGUUGUCUACAAUGUUUAUUUUUAUUAUUUGAAAACAUAGAUUUAAAGAUGUAGUGUAAACCUCUGCCUACUUUAGUAGAAGUAUUUUAGGUUCUUAUUUCACAGAAUAUCAUAACUUUUUGCCAUUCUGCUUCUUCUAAAGUAACCCUGGUUGUAAAAAGCUGAUAUUAAGUGGUUAAAUUAGUCAAGUUAUGUGCUCAGGUAGUCAGCUUUGAGUCAAAUAUGUUGCUUGUAGCUUCCCAACUGUAGUUUCUAAACAGCAUUGCCCUAAGAGUGAUGUGUGGCACUAUUUUAGCUUCAACACCAUGAUUACCCAUUUUUUUUUCAACGGAUUUAUUACCAUACAGCCAAUUUGGUCUUUGUCAUAAGCGACGGAAAAUUGUAGUAGCCGAUCUUUGGCCAGCUGAACGGCAGUGUGCAGCCAAGGUGAAGGAGGGGAGCUGCUUUGUUAUUCUACAUGCUAUAUUGCCUUAGAAAACUCCAAUCAUUCCUCCAAUUUUUCUGGUAAUGAUAACCGGCCCAUGCCUGAUCAUCAAUAUUCUUCAAUCACUAGAUACCAUAAUCGCACAUAUUAUUUGAAUAUGUAGGUUCUUCUCAGACACUUUCUUUUCACAGUUAAUUUACAUUUCGCUGGUAUCUGUAAACAAUCUUUCUGCUAAAUAGUACAUUCUUACGUCUUACUGACUGUUUUUUGUGAAGAAAGAAACCCAAAUUUAGAUAGAGUUUAUAGUAAUGAUCUGCAAGUGUUCUGGAAACCAUCUGUUUUUCUUUUUUUUUCAAAUGCCUUUAUCCUUACUGUUGUCAGGACUCUGAUGGAUACCAAAUGAAUGGGGCAUUGUAUUUGAAAUGCACUUGACCACUGGAGUUGUACCAAAACAAGUACGUGGUCAACGAGUUUGACAAGACAGAUGCAAUGUAUUAUAAUGUGCCUAUGUUUUGCUUCAAGAAGGUGUGUACAGAACAAGUAUUCACAACAAACUGCUUGGCCAUAAAGCAGUACAUUUGGUAUACUGUAAAACACUUCCCCACCUUUUACUUCUGCAAUGUUUGUGACUAAAGUUCAGCAAACCCGAGAGCUUGCGAAAGAAAAUUAUGCUAAAUUUUUGUAAAGUAUUUUGGUUUUUUUAGAAGGAAAUUUGUAAAAAAAAAAAAAAAAAGAAACAUCUGAUGUCAAUUGGACAAAGUUUUUAACUAAGUGAAAACAGCUCUAUACUUGAAUGUAACACACUCAACAUGAUUUGCUUUGCAAUGUAAAGAAACUACUCGAUUAAAAACACUGGGAUACUGAGGGCCUCUUUCCACAUUUCUGUUGACUAAAAUGUGCCUUUAAUUUGUACAAAUAAUGUUUUUUCCCCUCCCUUUCUCUUUCUUCAAUGUGCAAUAGCUGAUCUUCGAUGGGGCAUGCCUGUUCACUGGAGGUUGCUUUUCGCCCUGCUUAGUGUUGCUGCUUGAGACUAGUGGUCUCUUUCCCUCACUGUAUUAUAAAUGUCAUCAUUUCUGGGUUAUAAAUAAAAGACAGAUUGGGUCACAGAGAAACACACUAUUUUGGGACAGUUAUAUUUAAAAGAUUAAAUAAAAAUGAGUCCAAAUGAUGUUUACAGAUGUUUAAUCUUUUAGUUGUAUGGGUUUGUCAUUCUGUAUGAUUGUUUGGCAAUAAAAUUGUGAAUGUGUGGAA